AUGGCUGAAGAAGCAAUUUCAGCCAACCAUUCCGACUCAGCCAGACGCACAGCAGCCACUAGCGCCGCUCCAGAACAACGUCUUACAAUGUCCGACAAACGAGUUUACGACAAACCAAUCGUUAUUGCAGUUUCUAUAAAUGCAAUGAGCUAUCCUACCGAGAAAAUCGAGCGAGACAACGAGAUAUAUACCUCGAAAGAUCUAUGUGAUAUCUGUUCAACGAUCGAGAUUGAAGCGCUGUUUGAAAAGGAGCUUGAAUGGUCCGAGAACAUCGAAUUAGGAUCCUUAGACCAAGUAUAUUCCAAACAGUCACAAUGUCCAUUCUGCCAUCUACUCAUCACUGCGAUUGACAGCGUGCGACGCUCAACGAACAAAAAGUCAACAGCUGAGACGACCGACCGCGAAAACCUAGACUGCUCCUUGAGUAACAGGAUUGCCAGCAUCUCUGAAGCUUCCAAGGAUAGGUUUGUAAAUCGCUUUGGUACUGAUUCCCUAAUGCGUGGUUUAUGGCAUUUUCGCAUCUCUAUCUCGGUGUAUGGGUGGGCACAGGACGGCAAGGGGAAUAGAUUCGAAGAUGAGACAUUUGCGGAGCUGCAGCAAGUCCAGCCGCCUACUCGACAAGUAGGGCUCUUUGACCCGCUCCCGAUUUUUAGCAAGCGGUCUUCAGCUGGGCUUUCAAAGAAGCUCUGUUUCUCCCUUGUGAGAAAGUGGCUCUCGUGGUGUGAACUGAACCAUGGAGCGCAAUGCGCCCCUGGGCAUGAACAGUUGCACAUUUCAACACUAAGAGUCAUUGAUGUUAUCAAAAAUUGUGUGGUUGAUGUCUCUACCGGGUCAAGAUACAUUACACUCUCAUACGUCUGGGGCUCGACACCAAUGCUGCGCUUGACCACUGCCAACCGAAAAGAGCUAUAUCAAGAAGGAUCACUAGACCUCAGCACACGACAAAUCCCUCAAACCAUCCACGACGCCAUACUUAUAGCCCGAGAGUUAGGCGAGAGAUACUUGUGGGUAGAUGCAAUAUGCAUCAUCCAGGACGACCCACAGGACAGCGAACGAUAUAUUUCAAAGAUGGAUCAUAUAUAUAGCGGCUCCUCGUUGACUCUCGUAGCGGCAUCUGGUACUGAUGCAAAUGCAGGCCUUCCCGGAGUUCGGUCGGGAACCCGGGACAUGGAAAAUUUCCAGGAUAUCCUCAAGGUCGACCUCCCUGGUGGGCCACAAGAGCUUGCGGUAGCUAGAGGAUUGUUGCUCCCCUUACUCGCCUUCUCGAGGUGGGAUACUCGCGGAUGGACAUACCAAGAACGAGCAUUCUCCCAUAGGCUCCUCUACUUUACAAGUGAGCAGGUCUAUUUCCAAUGUCGAAGAAACACCUGGUGUGAGGAUACGGUUCUUGAAGUUGAUGAUCCGCAACUGGAGUAUGAUGACUUGCCGUUGUACCGAUUCGGAAUCCCUAGGGAGAAAGAACGUGUGUUCCUCGAUUCUUUCGACUCCUCGGAUAUGGAGAUCUCCCUUUUCGAGUUGUAUACUAAGGUCGUAGAAGGGUUUAGUCGGCGAGAUCUAACCUAUGAAGGCGAUGUGCUGAAGGCAUUUGGAGGACUUGCACGAGAGGUGUAUCGAAUGGAUGGUGAAAGCGGUUGGUUAAAUCCUGAUCCACAUACCCCAUACUUCCACUUUGGAAUCCCCUCGCCAUGGUUUCAUCGCGCACUUCUCUGGUCCCCGGCGCAGUCCUCAGGGAGGAACUCUCGGAGGAUCCGGUCUCAGACACCUCUCUCCGUUAAGGACUUUCGAAGGAGGGUCGUAGCCCCUGACGAUUUGCAAAUGCCUAGCUGGUCAUGGGCUGGAUGGGUUGGCCCUAUUGACUAUCGAUAUGUCCUGCACGGGUAUCAUGAGCGUGACGUUGUAUCCCACGUUUCCUACUAUAUCCCAUCUCCAAAUAGCGCUCAAAAUACGGACCGGAGUAUUGACGGAGGCUUACAGCAAAUACAACCCACUUCUCCAACAGAGCCCAGAGCGAGAUGGUGUCAGAAUGACAGGCCGGUUGAGGUAUCAGCUGCCUCCAAUAUGACAUCUCCCUCAACAUCCCCACCCCCACAUCUGUUAUUUUUCUAUACAAGCCGAGCAUUUCUCUCCGUGGUGCCUGAUAACGACAGGAGGAGCGAUUCUUUAGAUAUCGUAUGGUGUGACCACUUUAUCGGUCAACGCUACUCCCACGUCACGAAUCGAAUCCUCCUCCCUUCAGACUGGCUGACAAGCCCAUUUCGUCCGUCGGAUGGAAAAUACGAAUUUAUUGCUCUAUCAAACAAUCGCCACGGUUACAUGCAUGUCAUGUUGAUCAGCCAUAUUGGAGCUGAGCCAGAUGCCAUUGCCGAACGUGUCAGUGUCGGUGAUAUCUCUCAGAAUGACUGGGACGCAGCGGAGCCUGACUGGGUAAGUUCACCACAAGGAAGCGGGUACUUCGUGCUGUUACCCCUAACCCCACAACCCCCUAAGUUCGCCAUUACUAACAAAUGUGCGAGUACGAGUACGAAGGGCAUACCGCGGUUUAACAGGGAUUAUCUUCCACUGCAGUUCCACCGGCUAUGGCCGUUUGUGGCCGGCCUCACCAUACUGCUGUUUCUCUCCUUCACCCUUUUCGGACGCGACUUCUCUCAGACAGUAGUGAUUCCAUGGCGGCGACCCGUCGACCACACUAUUGAUGCCGUCCCAGGUGCAGAUACCAACGAUAAUAAUGUCUAUGACGAUAUUUCAUAUCAGGACCAUGCCAACACUGUGACAGACCCGCCUUUACCGCCUGAAGAAACCAUCCCUCUUCCCUCCACAGCCGAAGACAGCCACCCCAUCGUCGAACUCCUUCACCAUGCGGAUGAUGAUUACCGUGCCCUCCUUAAGAAAGAGACGUACGACCUCGCUAGCGCAGCACAGCGCUACCGUGAGAAACGGGGACGGCAUCCGCCUCCUGGGUUUGACAGAUGGUGGCAAUAUGCGCGGGAUAACCACGCCAUGAUUGUGGAGGAUUUCUGGGACCCGAUAUACGACGAUGUGAAUCCGAUGUGGGCGCUUGAUCCGCUCGAUAUGCAGAAAGAUGUGCUGGCUCAGAGAGCCAUAUUUCAAAUCAGGGGUGGAAAUGUGACAUUUGACGACGGCCAUUUCUGGAUGCCCACUUGGAGGGAUAUGAUCCAAUCAGUGGCAGCCCAUCUGCCAGAUAUGGAUAUAGCUAUGAAUACUAUGGAUGAAUCCCGCCUGCUGAUUCCCUGGGAGAAGAUGAAGGAGUACGUGGAGGCAGAGCAUAAAGGGAGGAAACUCCCGCCGCCUGACCAGGUGAACCAGACAUAUAGUGGAUUCCCAAAGACAGAAAAGAAUCCGGAAUUCCCUUGGGAUAAGUCACAUCCCGUAUGGCCGCGAAUCAUUCAGCCAUGUUCACCAAAUAGCACUGUGAGAACGGUCGAAACGCAUGCCAACUUAUCCGAACCUCCCAAACUAGACAUCGAGCACAUGAAGCCCCAUCUGUAUAGAGGCUAUGUCUCCAAUUACAGUCUAUCCACAUCGGUUUGCCAUCAACCCGAUCUGCGCGACUUGCACGGUUUCUUCAUCGAAGCCAUCAGUGUGUCCACAUCACCAAAACUCUUUCCAAUGUUCGGCAGCAGCAAGCUGGGGGUGAACUCGGAAAUUCUUCUCCCAGCCGUAAUGUACUACAAAUUCGACGAGGAGUAUGCCUCGCAGGCGCCUCCUGUACCCUGGGAAAGGAAGAAGGACGCCAUGGUGUGGCGCGGUCUGGCUUCUGGAGGUCGCAGUAAAGCCGAUAAUUGGAAGGGCUUCCAUCGACACCGGUUGAUCUCCAUGUUGAAUGGCACACAAGCUCUGAAAAUGCAUAACUCCUCUUCUUUCAUCGACAUUGAAAGUUUGCCGCUGGAUGAGUGGAACCUUAAAGCUUGGAACUCGUCUAUUGAAGAACGCCAUGUUGACAUAGGAAACUGGCUCAGCAACUUCACCUCCGAGGUCGGCUUCACCAACCUGAAGUGCUUCCCCGACGAACCCGAGGGGCUUUGUUCGUACACCAACUACCUCCUGUCUCCCCUCAAACCGAUCAUGAUGGGCGAUCAGCACAAUUUUAAAUACUUGCCCGAUGUGGAUGGGAACUCCUUCUCGGGUCGCUACCGGGAUUUCCUCAUUAGUGGCAGCCUGCCUAUCAAGGCGACGAUGUUCCGCGAGUGGCAUGAUAGCCGCUUAAUAGCAUGGAAACAUUUCGUGCCCUUUGACAAUCGUUUCUUGGAUCUGUAUGGCAUCAUGGAGUUCUUCCUAGGAUAUCCCGUCGGCACCGGGAGAGAUCAUUUGGCGCACAAAAUUGCGGAGGAGGGUCGCGAUUGGGCGAAGAAGGUGCUAAGGCAGGAGGAUAUGAGAAUCUAUACCUAUAGACUAUUACUAGAGUAUGCCAGGGUAAUGGAUGGGAAUAGAGACAACUUGGGCUGGGUUGGUGACCUGGGUUAG